UCGCCACCAUCGCGACUCCCGUCUUUACCUCCAUCUCCACCGUCACAUUCCCCUCUGUCCCCUUCUCCUCCUCUCGUCCGGUCUGUCCACCUUCUCUCCUGUUAAAACCCGAACUUAAAAGAUUAUGAAAGUUCCUCUAAUAAAACGUUAGUCCCUUUCCAAAUUUUAGGCCCUUGAAGAUACUCGUCUUCCAUCACGAUGUUUUCCCAAGGUUCUUACAUUGCCGAUGGCGAGAGGGAUCUCGAAAUGGGAUUAAACAUCGAGCCACCAUCGCCGUCUCCUUCUCCAAGAGCACCUGCUUUAGUGGUCUCCAAUUCCGGAAAUUGUCUAAUGGUGUCGAAUUCCGGUAAAGCAUUGAUGGGGUCAAAUUCCGGUAAAGCAUUGAUGGGGUCCAAUUCCGGUAAAGCAUUGGUGGUGUCGAAUUCCGGUAAGGCGUUGGUGGUGUCGAAUUCCGGCAAGGCAUUGGUGGUGUCCAAUUCCGGAAAAAGAAUAGACCCAUCUGGGAAAAAGAAAUACGUGAAGCAGGUGACCGGGCGGCACAACGAUACAGAACUGCAUUUGGCAGCGCAGCGCGGGGACGUGGCGGCGGUGGGGCAGAUAUUGGGGGAGAUCAACGAGCAGAUGAUGAAGACAUCGAGCGCGGCUGAUUUUGAUGCUGAGGUGGCGGAGAUAAGGGCGGCAGUGGUGAAUGAGGUCAAUGAACUAGGGGAGACGGCUUUGUUCACCGCCGCCGAGAGAGGCCACAUUGACGUGGUUAAGGAGUUGCUUCCUUAUACCACCAAACAAGGUAUCACCUUGAAGAAUCGCUCCGGUUUUGAUCCCUUACACAUUGCUGCUAUUCAAGGCCAUCAAGCUAUUGUUCAGAUGUUGUUGGAGCAUGAUCCAGAGCUGAGCAAAACAUUCGGUCAAUCAAAUGCAACUCCUCUCAUAUCUGCAGCUACAAGAGGGCAUGUGGCCGUUGUUCAUGAACUGCUUUCUCGGGAUCCUAGUUUGCUAGAGAUAUCGAAAUCCAAUGGAAAGAAUGCAUUGCAUUUUGCUGCCAGGCAGGGGCACGUAGAGAUUGUUCAAGCAUUGCUUCGCAAGGAUCCACAGCUGGCAAGAAGAACUGAUAAGAAAGGACAGACUGCAUUGCAUAUGGCUGUUAAAGGAGUCAGUUGUCCGGUGGUGAAGUUACUUCUCCGGGCUGAUGCAGCUAUUGUGAUGCUCCCAGACAGAUUUGGUAAUACUGCGCUUCAUGUAGCCACUAGAAAAAAGAGGGCAGAGAUAGUAACUGAGCUCUUAAUGCUUCGUGAUACAAAUGUCAAUGCACUGACAAGAGAUCAUAAGACAGCUCUUGACAUAGCUGAAGGGCUUCCUCUUUCUGAGGAAUCUGCAGAGAUAAGAGAUUGCUUGACUCGUUUUGGCGCUGUAAGAGCCAAUGAGUUGAACCAACCUCGAGAUGAGCUCAGGAAAACGGUCACAGAGAUUAAGAAUGAUGUCCACACCCAGCUUGAACAAGCCCGAAAAACCAACAAAAACAUGAAUGGUAUUGCAAAAGAACUCAGGAAGCUCCACAGAGCAGGAAUCAACAAUGCUACUAAUUCAGUCACGGUGGUGGCUGUCCUGUUUGCAACUGUUGCUUUUGCUGCUAUUUUCACAGUUCCUGGGGGCGAUGAUGAUAAUGGAAGGGCCGUAAUUGUUGGCUGUGCUUCUUUCAAAGUUUUCUUCAUAUCCAAUGCAAUUGCCCUCUUCACAUCGCUGGCUGUCGUCGUGGUACAAAUUACAGUUGUCAGGGGCGAGAUAAAGUCCGAGAGAAGGGUUGUUGAAGUGAUCAAUAAGUUAAUGUGGUUGGCCUCCAUUUGCACCACAGUGGCUUUCAUUGCUUCCUCUUACAUAGUUGUUGGUCGACAUCAUCGGUGGGCGGCAAUCUUAGUUACUGUUACAGGGGCAGUUAUUAUGGCCGGAGUCUUGGGUACCAUGACUUUUUACGUGGUGAAAUCAAGAAGGGUGAGGAGAGUAAGGAAACGAGAGAAGAGCAUAAGAGGUGCAAACUCGUAUCAUCAUCACAAGUCAGAUUAUUCAGAUUCAGAAGUUAACCCAAUAUAUGCAAUUUGAGCAAGGAAAAAUGAAAGAGGCGCAACUAUCAAGCGUGCAGUGUAAAUAUCGGACCUCCAGUUUGAGCCCAGCUAGAUGGAUGGAUGGCUUUUUGGAGCUUCAUGAAGCCCUUUGGGAAGUCUACAUUUUUCCUUUGAAGCAAAAAUACGAGUAGAAUGAGCAGGGAACGUAAAAGAAAACGACUCUUGCCUCUGAAAACGGAAAAUCAUUGUCGAGUUUUGCCUUCUUGUUGGUUUUUAACCCAAUGAGGAGACGCUUUUAGUGGCUACACAGCACGUUUUCUCAUCCUAAAGGAUGAAACAUCUCAAAUGAAUAAUUUGGUAUAGUACUACAC